AUGUGGAUAAAAACUGUGCAGUGGGAAGUGUUCCGCGAGGAAAUUCAAAGGCUUCAAAAGAAUCAGCAGAUUAGUAAAUCUUCUAAGAUUUAUUCCUUAUCUCCAUAUCUGGACGAGACUGGUGUUCUUAGGCCGAUAACCUAUGGCAAAUUCAUGAGUGACGCCAACAUCACUGCACAGGAUCACGCAAGGCUGUCUAUAGGACUCGAAGAAUAUUUGAACUGUACCAUCGAGUUCAACGGUGUGACUACAAGAUGCAAUAUGGAAAAUGUACUGGGAUCAUUUUACACAAUGGAAGAACUGCCGCAGUACUGUUAUACAAUCUAUUCACUAUGGGGAAAUCCUAAUGGUAAAAGAGAAAAAAUUCCAAAGGGCGCAAUAAUGAAGUUGAACUUUUUCUUGAACGUAUCUCUUCGAGUUGAAACUAGGAAUCCUGUUCUCAAGCCGUCCCACAAUAUUCCAAGUUCACCCAAUGUUCAAAUCGCUGUGCAUUCGCCUUACUUUCUACCGAGUCCUUACUUAGAGGGAAAGAACUUCCUUGGCGGUUCUGCCUAUGAAGUUCGAGUGACGCUGGACGAGAGGCAUCUUCUACCUCUUCCUUACCAAACGAACUGCACAGAUUAUUUGAAAACGUGGCAACAGCGAGGUGGACGAGCUCCAAUAAACCAAUUGGGUGUUAUACAGGAAUGUCGGCUGAAUCGAACAUAUGACGUACUGAAGUGCAUACCAGUGACUCUGGAUUACCCUCAUACUUACAAUAUUUGUCCAGCAUGUUCAAAGUCAAAUUGUGCACAGCAAGCUUCAUACACUAAGGUUUUAAUAACAGAAGCUGGUGGUGAAUCAUCCAAAAUAUCAGCAUCAUAUGCAACAACAGACAGAGCAAGACGAUCAAGUGUCAGAGACAUUGUCAAAGCUUGUAAGGAUCAAUGGAAUGGUUAUGAUUUUGCAACUUUGCACUGGGAUUCUUAA